CCGCGCAAGUCCCCGAAUCCAGCUCCCAGUCCCCGACGUCUCCGGGCUUCCCUCUCGCCGCUUCUGCGCCUCGCUCAGCCUCUAGCGGUCCCUCCUUCUCUCCUCCAUGGCGUCGCUCCUGUGCUGUGGGCCUAAGCUGGCCGCCUGUGGUAUCGUCCUCAGCGCCUGGGGCGUGAUCAUGUUGAUAAUGCUCGGGAUAUUCUUCAAUGUCCACUCCGCUGUGUUAAUUGAGGAUGUUCCCUUCACAGAGAAAGAUUUUGACAGGGACGGCCCUCAGAAGAUAUACAGCCUGUACGAGCAAGUCAGCUACAACUGCUUCAUCGCCGCCGGCCUCUACCUCCUCCUCGGCGGCUUCUCCUUUUGCCAAGUUCGGCUAAAUAAGCGAAAGGAAUACAUGGUGCGCUAAAGCGCAGCCCGGCUCUCCCUCCCCACCCGCUCCCCUAUUUAAAGACUCCUCAGCCCGUCUGUCCCACCUAUCUGGCGUCCCCUGGGACCUGCAAAUUCUGCUCCGGGCCCGAGCGCGCCCUGGACUACAAUAAAAAGAAGCGAUUCUCCUAA